CAUGAAAUUCAUUGUCUUUGUUCUUAGGCGGUGGAGAGGAGGGGUGAAAUGAUUGUUCGUAUUCUGGAGCCGAGAUGCAUUGGUGGUAAACAAGCCGUGGAAGCAGCUCAUAAACUAAUGUCUAAAGGAGAUGCUCGACACACAGUUCAGCUUGUUGAAAUAGUUAAGCGUCCUGGUCAAACUUUGGGCUUAUACAUACGCGAGGGCAAUGGAGCUGACCGUACCGAUGGUGUUUUUAUCUCGAGAAUAGCUCUGGAGUCUGCGGUUUAUAACAGCGGUUGUUUGAGGGUGGGUGAUGAAAUCCUGGCCGUUAAUUUGGUUGACGUAACUCACAUGUCAUUGGAUGAUGUCGUAAUUAUUAUGUCAAUUCCUCGGCGUUUGGUGUUGGCGAUACGUCAAAGACGCGACAGCCGUAGUGCAGGCUCACCUGGGCCGCCAACGUUAUCGCGGCCCGAACAGAAACCACCGCCAGUCGUCGUAAUUAAACGUGAUCUCAGAGAUGAAGACUUAGAUGAGACAGAUCGCAUGCCAAGAUCCCGAUCAUCACGCGAAAGACGUACAGGAGAUGGUAGAGAAAUGACCGAGUCCCGCUCUCGUCUUGGUUUGGGUCUUAAUAACUACAGCCCACAAUCCGAGCAAUUAGACAUGUAUUACAAUACACGUUCUGGCGUUAGCGCGAUGAACGAGCCACCCAGCUGGGGUUAUAAACCACCGCCACCACCAUCAGUUAUCACGGAACAGCCUAAAGGUCAUGCUUUUGCUCCGUCGCAUGCAUAUUAUCAAAAUGCUGGUACACUCGAGAGUUUAGCCGAAAAGGUACAUGCAUUUUACCCGAGUGGGCCAUCUAGACGGAUGUCGACAGGUACCGGCGUUGGCUUGGCGCAGCAACAUGCGCGCUUCCCGCGCUCUGGAUCAGAUCAACAUUUACCGCGUGUGGAAUAUACUGAUUAUUCAAAUUCCUUGGGUCGACAUUCCUUGUUGCGCUCCAGCUUGAAGCCAGGAACCGGCGCGGCACCUAUAGCAGUGGGGGGCACUCUGGGGCGUUAUGGUCGCUAUGAACCACCACGCCAAUCUUCGAAGUAUGCUCCGCCAAAUAUAGGCGCUCAAUCGCUUAGUCGUCGCUCGCGGCCGAAUCUUGAUUAUUCUAGCGACACAGAAGCAACCAUAGGGCCAAGGCCAAGUUAUUACUACUACAACCGACCUGCUGUAGGCAGCAUGCCACGCGGAACUAGCGCAGCGGGUGUUGGUGGUGCCGGUAUACUCGGAGGUGGGCCAGAUAUGGCGAAAUUUAAUUCACUGCCACGUGAAAGACCGGGCGUACGUCUACAAGGUAUACGGUCACGCAUCGGUGAUCGCAUUAUGGAUGAGAGUGACGGCAACAUAUCGGCACCGGAAUUCAAUGCUCGCCGCGACCGUGAUCUGAGGUCACGAAUAACGGCGAGUCCUUCAAUUUUCACUUCGGACGAGUACCGAGCAUGGUUGAGGAGAGCACCAAGUAGUUCAGCUAUAGCGGAGCAAAUGCGUAUGACGCGAGAUCUGCUAAGCCAACCCCGAUCACAUAGAUUUUCAUGCAGCGCUGAAAAUAUACACGAUGCUCUGAAAAACACCGAAAGCAUUUACUCCAGUCGAACGGGUUUACUUGGAACUGGUACACUGGACCGGCAUCUCGGCAUUCCGCGACCCAUUUCAGCAUUACCAGUGCGCUCGAUGUCAUCACAGCAUAUUGGUGGUCCGUCAUCGAUACGUUCGCCAAGCAUACGGCGCAUGCGGCAACUACUCGAACUCUCUGCAGGUCCGGCUAGCCCAAGUGGUAGCAUAAUGAGCACCGGCGGCCAUCAGAGUCCCGCGCCGACGCCCAGUGCCACACUUCCCAGAACGCACAGACAAAUUGAUAUUAAUCCAGCGGAGUUUGCCAAGUACAAACUCGACAAACCGAUAGUCGAUAUUGGUGGUAUAUCGGGCAUGUUGUGGAUCCACUUGCUUGCGGGCCGUGGCUUACGUUCAGCACCCGAACUAGGCGCACAGCACGUUGGGGGCCCACAUCAUGCAGCGCAAUCCCAGACCCGUGAUUUAUAUUGUGUAAUCGAGUGUGAUCGUGUACACAAAGCACGGACAGUGGUGCGAUCCGGUGAUCUCCAAUUCGACUGGGACGAGUCUUUCGAGUUGGACUUGGUGGGCAAUAAGCAGCUAGAUGUAUUGGUAUACUCAUGGGAUCCACAACAUCGCCACAAGCUAUGCUACCGCGGUGCGAUAUCGCUGUCUAUUCUGCGACAAUCACCGCUACAUCAGUUGGCGCUGAAAGUGGAACCACGUGGAACCAUUUACAUACGCAUGCGCCAUACCGAUCCAAUCACCUUGUAUCGACGGCGUGGACUGCCUAGCUUAAGGGCCGGAUAUCCCAUAUUGUUUGGCGCGGAUUUGGAGACGGUGGUGAAUCGCGAGUCUAAAGGGGCACCUGGCAGUGCACCAGUGCCAAUUGUUUUGCGACGCUGCGUAGAAGAGGUGGAGCGACGUGGGCUGGAUAUAAUUGGAUUAUACCGUUUGUGUGGUUCAGCAACAAAAAAGCGUCUACUUCGGGAAGCUUUCGAGCGAAAUAGUCGCGCUGUGGAAUUGAGCCCUGAACAUGUUCCUGAUAUUAAUGUUAUUACCGGUGUUUUGAAGGACUACCUAAGGGAAUUGCCAGAGCCGCUGUUUACGCGAUGUCUAUUCCAAAUGACCGUCGAUGCUUUGGCCGUUUGUCUGCCGGACGAUCCCGAGGGUAAUGCAAAACUAAUGCUCAGCAUACUAGAUUGCUUGCCUAGGGCAAAUAGGGCGACCUUAGUAUUCCUUCUCGAUCACUUGUCUCUCGUUGUAUCCAAUUCUGAACGCAAUAAGAUGUCAGCUCAAGCAUUGGCUACCGUUAUGGGUCCUCCACUGAUGCUUCAUGCCGCUAACGCUCAACCCGGAUCGGAAAUCGACCACGCCCAACCAAUUGCCGUGCUGAAAUAUCUCCUGCAGAUUUGGCCGCAACCGCAAGCGCAGCAUCACCAGGCGCCUAGUGGCGGCAUCGGCAGUGCGGCUAGCAUGAUGGGCAGCAUGGUCGGUGCAGGAGGUGCUUUAACGGGCGCGGGCAGCAUGAGCAACAUGGCUGGAGCUGUUUCAGACAGGUCGGCGCGGCGAGUCAACAGGGCAGCGUGGAAGCAAAGUCAGUGCGUUGCAAGCGGACAGACAACUUCUACUGCAGCAGCAGCAGCAGCUCAUGGCGGCGGGCAAUCUACUACGCUCGUCCACUUCGGUAACCAACAUACUCUCACAAGGCCAUCAUCAGCUCUCAGCCACAGUCAACAGUCAUCUGUAUCAAUCAGUAGUGGGUCAGUUAGCUCAAUCGCCUCGAGCCUUGCAACAAGCGGUGCAACAGGUAAAAAUUACACAAUAACAACAAGUACGAAAACCAUAACAGAUAACAACAAGUACAACAGUAACAACAAUACCACAAAGAACCAAUUGACAAGAAACCAUGAAGUAAAAAACGGCAAAAUAUACUAAUGUGUUUGAUAGAGAAUUAGCCUGAGCUUUUGUAAGCAUCCGCCAAUUUUUUUAAACCUGAUAUUAGGUUUUGUUUGUAAAUCUAAACAACCCAGCAAAAACACGAUUAUCACAGAAACGAGCUAGGCGAUGGGGAUCGCUUACCCUUUCGCUUCAAAAUGUCACUAUUUUAACAUGGGUAUGUCAUUGGCCGUAAGCCCUUACCCGCAACAUUACCUUCGAACGAAGGGAGAACGCAUGGAUAAACAGAUUCCAGAGAAGAGAACAAAAAAUACCUUACAGAGAAACUAAUGUAGAAUGCCUAGAUUACUACUUAUUUAUAUUAAAUUGUGAUUAACGCAGUGAGA